CUCGCGGCCCGAGGGAAAGGGCGGGGCAGGAGGGAAUAGGCCGUGCUUUCCGAUUGGCUGAGGGCCCGCGGCCGUUGGGGCGUGUAAAGGUUGUGGAAGGCUCGAGGCUGUGUUAGGAAUUGGGUUUUCCUCAGACUUGAGGCGAGGACUAACGCACGGAAGGCGACGAAGAAUCCAGGGGGGUAGCAGAAGACUGAAGAGAAGUUAAAGGGGUCGGCUUAUGAGCCGUCCGGGUGCCCAAAUAGGGUUCUGAAGAUGGACCGACCUGAAAGGCCAAGAUUGUCCUCUCUCAGUGACUUUCGGUUUGGAGCUGUUGCCACAGAGACCAUCGAAGACACUCUGCUCCACUUGGCCCAGCAGAAUGAGCAAGCCGUGCAGGAGGCUGCGGGCCGGAUGGGCAGCUUCAGGGAGACCCGGAUCGUGGAGUUUGUUUUUCUCCUGUCUGAACAAUGGUGUCUGGAGAAAUCCGUGAGCUACCAGGCUGUAGAAAUCCUUGAAAGGUUUAUGGUUAAGCAGGCAGAGAACAUCUGCAGGCAAGCUACAAUUCAGCUGAGAGGGAAGACAGAGCCUCAGAAUUGGAGGGCUCUGAAAGAGCAGCUUUUCAACAAGUUUAUCCUGCGUCUUGUGUCAUGUGUUCAGCUGGCAAGCAAACUUUCCUUCCACUACAAAAUAAUCAGCAACAUUACAGUCCUGAAUUUCCUCCGGACUCUAGGGUAUCUUCACACUAAAGAAGAACUGCUGGAAUCAGAACUUGAUGUUUUGAAGUCCCUGAACUUCCAAAUCAAUCUGCCUACUCCCCUGGCAUAUGUGGAGAUGCUCCUGGAGGUUUUAGGAUACAAUGGCUGUUUGGUCCCAGCCACCCAGCUGCAUGCAACCUGCUUAAUUCUACUUGACCUAGUCUAUCUUCUGCAUGAACCUGUAUAUGAAAGCCUGCUGAGGGCUUCAAUUGAGAACUCCACACCCAGUCAGCUGCAAGGGGAAAAGUUUGUUUCAGUGAAGGAAGACUUCAUGCUGUUGGCAGUAGGAAUCAUUGCAGCAAGUGCUUUCAUCCAAAACCAUGAGUGCUGGAGCCAGGUCAUGGGGCAUUUGCAGAGCAUCACUGGCAUUGCCUUGGAGAGCAUUGCUGAGUUCUCUUAUGCAAUCCUAACUCACAGUGUGGGAGCCAGCACUCCAGGUCAACAGCAGCCUGUUCCUCUCCACCUGGUGGCCCGACCUCCAAGGGCUGCGCUUCCUCCAACACAUGAGGCAGGCGGAAUCUGCCAAAUAUAAACAGCCUUCUGUCACUGCACCCAUCCCUCCCUCUGUUUACUUUCAUACUCAGGGUACAAAAGUUCCAAGCAUCUUCUGAGUUGUCUUUUGUAAUCCAACUUCACACUUAUUUUUCUACGUCAGAGAAAGAAUUAAGAUGAAUAACCAUGUCCCUUUUGUCAUAUCACGCUGAAAAUGUCAAAGAGCUGGGAGAAGAUAGAGGAUCAGUGAAAUUAGUUUAUUUUUGUUUAACAAGAUAUUUAUGGCUUUUCUUUAUUCCUUUUAUUAAGACAGAACCUCAGACAUUAAAAUUAGUAUUAACCAGGGGCUCAAAUACUAAGACCAUAUGGGUGACCCUGACUGAACAUCAAGGAUGUUGACUUUAUUUCCCCUUAAAAUUAGUUUAACAUCUCUGUUCUGUUACGGAGAGCUACACAAAUAGGGCUUUCUCUACAGCUGUCUAUUUUUCCAUUAGAGUCUUAAAAACUAACACCCACCUCUACACAUAUUUCAACAGACUUUCCACAUACCUGCACUUGAACUCAAUUCUCCCAGAAUACAAAGUACUCUAUUUUAGUUAAAGAAAAACCCAACAGUGCACCUCUGGGCAGUUAUCAGACUGCAGUUGAUCUUUUAUUACAAAUAAUUAAAUCUCUCCACCAAGGUCUCAAACAGUAUCAAACACCAUUUCAUAUCUCUUAACACAGAGCAGAGCAAGCAUUCAGUACUAGAACCAAGUAAGAAGUGUUAAAUUUCAAGCUUCUGAUCACAUCACACAGUGACCAAAGCUUGUGUCAUUUUCUCAUGUUAUCCAACUGUGCAUCUCACACUUCUUGUCCUCUCAGUGGAGACAAAAGCUUCUAGUUCAUGUUCUAAGUGCAGGAAGUUGAGAGAGACAAACUCCAGUGAAAACACAUCAAUCUCAAUUCAACUCAGUUAAAAAAAAAA